AUGGAGCUGUAUCUCAGGCAAAGAGCAGGACGUCCUGGUUCCCUCCCCGGCAGCAUCUCCAGAUGGAGACAGCCAGCAGACCACUUUCCUAACGAAACACUGGAUGCUUCUUAGAAACUGGUGGAAACAAUGAGAGUUCAACUCAGAGGUGAUGCCAUUUGCACACUCAUCUUAGUGGUUGCCCUUUGCAUGGUGUUCUACUCCCAGCUGGGCCACACUUCCCUCAGAGGAGAAAAAGUGCAAGACCCAAGGAAAUCAUCACCAGCGGGAAACCACCACAAGGUCUUCCAUUUCCCCCUGUCCCUCCAGAAACAGUCGAAUGUGUGGCCGUUCAAGGGACCGAAUGUGCAGGUGACAGCCACAAAACCCAAACGUAUUUCUGCUGCAGAAGAUGCCCAAGUAGCAGUGCAAGAGGACCAACCCCCCACUUUGCUACCUGUGACCCCUUCUGUUUUUGACUUUAAGCAUUACCUUAGAAAUAAAGACAACCGGAAGUUUGACCUUCUCAUUAACCAGCCCAAGAAGUGCAAGAGAACUCCAGGUGGUCCCUUCUUGCUCAUUGCCAUCAAGUCCUUGGUGGAGGACUUUGACCGUCGGGAGAUUGUGCGGAAAACAUGGGGCAGGGAGGGGUCAGUAAAUGGAGCACAGAUACAAAGAGUUUUCCUGCUAGGAACCCCAAAGAACAAGACAGCCCAGCCAGUGUGGGAGACUCUUGUUCAACAGGAGAGCCAGAUGUAUCGAGAUAUCUUGUUGUGGGACUUCCUGGAUACCUUCUUCAACUUGACCUUGAAAGAGAUCCAUUUCCUCAGCUGGGCGGAUCAAUUUUGCUCCAAUACCAAGUUCAUAUUCAAAGGCGAUGCCGACGUUUUCGUCAACGUGGAGAACAUUGUCAACUUCCUUGAGAAACACGAUCCCUCCGAGGACCUCUUUGUCGGAGACAUAAUCUACAACGCACGCCCAAUCCGUGUCCGCAAGAGCAAGUACUACAUCCCAGAAACCAUGUAUGGGCUAGGCAUGUAUCCUGCCUAUGCUGGGGGUGGUGGAUUCUUAUUAUCGAGCAAUACCAUGAAGAAGCUUUCCCAGGCCUGCAGAGAGGUGGAGCUCUUCCCCAUUGAUGAUGUCUUCUUAGGCAUGUGCCUGCAAAGGAUCAACCUCAAGCCAGUUUUGCACGAAGGGUUCAAGACGUUUGGGAUAACCAAGCCCUCGGCUGCCCCUCACUUGCAGACCUUUGACCCCUGUUUUUACAAAGACCUCAUGGUGGUCCACAGCCUCAAGGUUGCUGAGAUCUGGCUGAUGUGGAACUUGCUCCACAACCCACGGCUGUCUUGCACCCAAAAGAAGCAAGUUAAGAAAGCUUUCCGGUGGAAAACAAAUGCUAAAAGGAAGACACAGGCUGAUAAUACCUAAGAGCUGGGUCACACAAGCACAGUAAUUCUAAUGUAAUGGCUGCAGCAGUGUUCUUCGUUGUAGGGCCUGGUGGGGGCAGUGACACCCCCCCAUUAACUCGAAGUGUGGCCCCCUGACUAAUUGUUGAUUGGACCUGGUGAAGCUUCGGCCAAAGCAGAAUAUUUUUCACAGUCCCUCUGGCAUCAGGUGGAGGUGACCUUUCCCACUAUGCAGUGCUACGCUUUGCCCAACUCCAAGAUCGUCCUUCAAGGGCAACACAUCCCUCUGGAGCCCCUCUGCCAUCUUGGCAGGUUUGCACAGAAUGCUGGGAAGGGUAGCCAUCCCCAGCUCCUUCCCCACAGAGCUCUUCGGAGAGGGCUCUUCCUCUCUUCAAGGGAUCUCCCAACACUGAGGAAAGCACAGUCCCGUGUGGACAGCGGCCCCGUGGGAAAUGGAUCUCACAACUGAAGGUUUGUUCUGUUGUGAUCCCCACUUAAAAGAUAGUGCAGCUCACUGGACUAGUAAUAAUAAUAACAACACUGAUGGAUUUUAUUUGUCAACCACCCCAUAACAAAUUGUUCUCUGGGCGGCUCAUAACACAGCAUUAAAACAUCAAGUACAUAAGAACAGCCCUGCUGGAUCGGGCCCAAGGAGGCCCAUCUAGUCCAGCAUCCUGUUUCACACAGUGGCCCACCAGAUGCCACUGGGAGCUACAGGCAGGAGUUGAAAGGGACAUGCCCUCUCUCCGGCUGUUACUCCCCUGCAACUGGUAAAAACACAUCACACAUAUGUAAGCAAAAACACAUCACACAUGAAAUCACAACACACAGAAACACAAACAAAAUACAAUACAAAACAAUUUUAAAACUUAAAUUUUAAAGUCAUUUUUUAAAAUCCAAUUUAAAAAUCAACAUGUGAGAGGUCUGAGUGAACAAAAAGGGUCUUUACCUGGCGUCUGAGAGAAUGAAGUGCUGAAGUCAGGUGAACCUGACUGGGGAGGCCUCAAUCCGCAUCCAGUGAUUUGCAUGUGUGAAGGAGCUAACAGAGCCCUAAUAUCACAGAUAAACCUUUCACAUUACCCAAUAAUGUCACAUCAAACACAGACAUUUUCAAGCUUCUCUAUGGCCUCACAUGCCAAAGCAACCCUAAGCAUUGCCCUAAGUGGGGGGAAUAUGCCAGUGGGAUCAGGAAGGAUUUGUCCUGGAGAAACAGGAGAAUUCAGCUAGAAAUGAGAUGCCAUGAACUAGAACUGCCCUGAAUAGCUGCCCUCCCAGGAACGUAGCUAGUGGGGAGAGGGGGCUUGUGUUCACCACUCUCCCUGGCAGCCCCUCAGAAUGAGGGAGAUAAUGGAGAACAUAGAGAGGGGUGGAACUGCUUCCAAAGGCAACCAGAGCUCCCUGCACAGGAAUAGCCGUCUGGCAGGCUGUUCAAAGGUCCCAAGACAGAAACUCAUACAUGGAAAAUGUAUUGGACUUGGCCCAAAGGUUCUCAGCAGACUGGGCCCAAACGCCAUCACUAUGCAUAUUAGCCCAUGAUCAGUUGGCCCACCAGCGUUAUAAGGAGCCGGCGUGGUGUAGUGGUUAGAGUGCUGGACUAGGACCGGGGAGACCCGAGUUCGAAUCCCCAUUCAGCCCUGAUACUUGCUGGGUGACUCUGGGCCAGUCACUUCUCUCCCAGCCUCACCUACUUCGCAGGGUUGUUGUGAAAGAGAAACUGCAGUAUGUAGUACCCCGCUCUGGGCUCCUUGGAGGAAGAGCGGGAUAUAAAUGUAAAGAAUAAUAAAUAAAUAAAAUAAAAAUAAAAUAAAAAUAAGUAAAUAAUAAAUAAUGCCACAUAGCACAUGGGCCCAGAUAAAGCUUAUUGGUCAGACUGUGACAGCGUAUCCAGAAGAAGAUCUCCUAUGCAGGCUGAUUCUGAUGGAAACGCCUAUAGAAUAUGACCACUCAUUUGUACAACGCUGCUUGGUACGUUCACACACUCCUACAUCUGUUAUACAGCACUGUGGUUCGGCUUUCAAUGUUGUGAUUUCAAUAGUAUAUGCAAAGCGGGCAGAUCUGACUUUUUUCAUGUGUACAUGUGGCUCUGUUUGCUAAAUGGUCCGCCCGGCCUGAAUGUCCACAUUCCACUUGAACACAAAAUAUGGGAAGAGAAUAAAAUGAACGUCUGAA